AUGGCCAACCCGAGCGGCAAGACGGCCGUGGCAGGCCCAUCGAAGAAUGGUGAUAAUCGCUUCGUCAUUCCCCUCCCGCCGUCGAAUGCGGCGCGGCCAUCGCAAGCGAGGCCCACCCUAGUUCCUCGCAAUGUUCUCGCGCCUAGUAAUCAGGCGAUUCUUAAGCAGGAGCCCGGCGAUGAUGGUCUUCCACUCUCCGCCGCUGAGCUUACGGAGCUGGCAAGCGCGGUCGAUUCCGGCAUGCGAACACUCUUGCAACAGAACUCCGUUUCCGUUCCGUCGACGACCGACCUCGCUGUGACGCUUGAGUCGCUCCUAGCGCUGGCCGCUCGGCUUGACGGUGUAUUUGUCCAGGCACAAGACGAGCUUCAUUCGAGCCAGCAGAUCAACCAAGAAACAGGUGGCCGGCUUGCCGACGAGGCGCAGAAGCUCGGCAAAAAGGCAUCGGACGCCGCCAAGGACGAGGAACUGGACAAGGUGAACAAGGAGCUUAUUCUCGCGCGCGCAGAGAACCUCGGCGAGCGCCUCGCCCGCAGCGCGCUUCAAGCCGAUGUGGCCAACCAGCAGCACACUAACGCCCUCCUGGGUGAGGCAAACCGUUGCAAGCUGGAGACCGAGCAGAAGAGGUCGCGGGGCGUCCUCGUGCCCAUUGAGGACUUCGUGAAUGAGGCUCUUGAACGGGCGCAGGAGAUCUUUGGCUCGGAGGUGUUGACGUCGUGGUCGUGA